ACCUGAAUCUUUAUGGUUCCUUUGGCUAGAGCGGCUUAAGGAACACGCUGAUCCAGGUGGCCUUCGGGACCCCGCUUCGUUCUGGUGGCUCUAAGGCGGCUGCAUUCCCUAUGGACCCUCAGUUAGCGCUCGCACACUCGAGACGAUAGCGCUAGACACCCGAGGGGACAGGAGAGCAAGAAAUGACCCGCCCACUCGCAGUGACAGAGAGCCGGAAGUGACGUAGCACGUUACGCAGCAGCGGCGACGGUGGUGGUAGCGACCGCGGCGGCUCCGGAGGACCCUUGCGGUGGGUCCCGACUAUCUUUUCCAGCCUCGGUUCGGCGACUCCAUUUUCUUCCGUGGGAGCCAAGCGCAACGGAGAAACAGCGGCCCUCAAGCAGUCUUCAAGAAGGCUGUGAGAAGCUGCAGUAAUGUCUGAUUUUGUGGAAAGUGAGGCCGAAGAGUCAGAGGAAGAAUACAAUGAUGAAGGCGAGGUGGUACCUAGAGUCACCAAGAAGUUUGUGGAAGAGGAGGAUGAUGAUGAGGAGGAGGAAGAGGAGAAUCUAGAUGAUCAAGAUGAGCGAGGCAACCUGAAAGGCUUUAUCAAUGAUGACGAUGAUGAAGAAGAAGGGGAGGAAGAUGAGGGCAGUGACUCUGGUGAUUCAGAAGAUGAUGUUGGCCACAAGAAGAGAAAGCGCACAUCUUUUGAUGACCGCCUGGAAGAUGAUGAUUUUGACCUCAUUGAGGAGAAUUUGGGUGUUAAAGUCAAACGAGGACAAAAAUUCCGACGUGUCAAAAAAAUGUCUGAUGAUGAAGAUGAUGAUGAAGAGGAAUGUGGCAAAGAGGAACAUGAAAAGGAGGCUAUUGCAGAGGCGAUUUUCCAGUAUGAAGAAGGGGAAGAAGGACAGGAGGCUGUAGAGGCCCCCAUAGCUCCUCCCGAGGAAGAAGAGGAAGAUGAUGAAGAGUCAGAUAUUGACGAUUUCAUUGUGGAUGAUGAUGGACAGCCUCUAAAGAAGCCCAAAUGGCGAAAAAAGCUUCCUGGAUAUACGGAUGCAGCCCUGCAAGAAGCUCAGGAGAUCUUUGGUGUAGACUUUGACUAUGACGAAUUUGAAAAAUACAAUGAAUAUGAUGAAGAACUGGAGGAAGACUAUGAGUAUGAGGAUGAAGAGGCUGAAGGUGAAAUCCGAGUGCGCCCCAAGAAAACCACCAAGAAGCGUGUGAGCCGUAGGAGCAUCUUUGAGAUGUAUGAGCCCAGUGAACUGGAGAGCAGCCACCUCACAGACCAGGACAAUGAAAUCCGAGCCACUGACUUGCCUGAGAGGUUCCAGCUCCGUUCCAUCCCUGUCAAGGCAGCUGAAGAUGAUGAGCUAGAAGAAGAAGCUGACUGGAUCUACAGAAAUGCCUUUGCCACACCAACCAUUUCCCUACAGGAAAGCUGUGAUUACCUAGACCGUGGACAGCCAACCAGUAGCUUCAGUCGCAAAGGGCCAAGCACAAUUCAGAAGAUCAAAGAAGCCCUGGGCUUCAUGCGGAAUCAGCAUUUUGAGGUACCUUUUAUUGCCUUCUACCGAAAGGAGUAUGUGGAACCUGAAUUGCACAUCAAUGACCUGUGGAGAGUGUGGCAGUGGGACGAAAAGUGGACUCAGCUGAGGAUCCGAAAAGAGAACCUAACUCGGCUAUUUGAGAAGAUGCAGGCUUAUCAGUAUGAGCAAAUCUCUGCUGAUCCUGACAAACCUCUUGCUGAUGGCAUCCGGGCUUUGGAUACUACUGAUAUGGAGAGGCUCAAAGAUGUACAGUCAAUGGAUGAACUGAAAGACGUUUACAACCAUUUCUUACUUUAUUAUGGUCGUGACAUCCCCAAGAUGCAGAAUGCUGCCAAGGCUAGCCGUAAGAAGCUAAAACGUAUAAAGGAGGAUGGAGAUGAAGAAGGUGAAGGUGAGGAGGCUGAAGAUGAAGAACAAAGGGGACCAGAGCUCAAGCAAGCCUCCCGCCGAGACAUGUACACCAUCUGCCAGAGUGCAGGGCUGGAUGGCCUGGCCAAAAAGUUUGGCCUCACACCUGAGCAGUUUGGGGAGAACCUCCGUGACAGCUACCAACGGCAUGAGACAGAACAGUUUCCUGCAGAGCCCUUGGAGCUGGCCAAAGAUUAUGUUUGCAGCCAGUUCCCUACACCAGAAGCUGUGCUUGAAGGUGCACGAUAUAUGGUCGCACUACAGAUUGCUCGAGAGCCCCUUGUCAGACAGGUGCUGAGGCAAACCUUCCAGGAGAGAGCCAAGCUAAACAUAACCCCAACCAAGAAAGGCAGAAAGGAUGUGGAUGAAGCCCACUACGCUUACUCUUUUAAGUACUUAAAAAACAAGCCUGUUAAAGAGCUCAGAGAUGACCAGUUCCUCAAGAUAGGCCUGGCUGAAGAUGAAGGGCUGCUCACCAUUGACAUCAGCAUAGACAUGAAGGGAGUGGAAGGGUAUGGCAAUGACCAGACAUAUUUCGAGGAGAUCAAACAGUUUUACUACAGGGAUGAGUUCAGUCACCAAGUACAGGAAUGGAACCGGCAGCGCACUAUGGCCAUUGAACGAGCUUUACAGCAGUUCCUCUAUGUGCAGAUGGCCAAAGAACUCAAGAACAAGCUGCUAGCGGAAGCCAGAGAGAGUGUUGUAAAGGCCUGUAGCAGAAAGCUCUACAACUGGUUGAGGGUGGCGCCCUACCGACCUGAUCAGCAAGUAGAAGAAGAUGAUGACUUUAUGGAUGAGAACCAGGGGAAAGGCAUUCGAGUCCUAGGCAUUGCUUUCUCCUCUGCCAGAGAUCACCCUGUGUUCUGUGCCUUAGUCAAUGGUGAAGGAGAAGUGACUGAUUUCCUCCGCCUGCCCCAUUUUACCAAACGGCGAACUGCAUGGAGAGAAGAAGAGCGGGAAAAAAAGGCUCAAGAUAUUGAAACCCUAAAGAAGUUCCUUGUAAAUAAGAAGCCUCAUGUGGUUACUGUUGCAGGAGAGAACAGGGAUGCCCAGAUGUUGAUUGAGGAUGUGAAGCGCAUAGUACAUGAACUGGACCAAGGCCAACAGCUUUCUUCUAUUGGGGUGGAGCUGGUUGACAACGAAUUGGCCAUUCUGUAUAUGAACAGCAAGAAAUCAGAGGCAGAGUUUCGGGAUUAUCCACCAGUUCUGAGACAAGCCGUCUCUCUAGCCCGGCGCAUCCAAGACCCUCUGAUAGAAUUUGCUCAGGUGUGCAGCUCUGAUGAAGACAUCCUGUGUCUCAAGUUUCAUCCCUUGCAGGAGCAUGUUGUGAAAGAGGAGCUGCUCAACGCCUUGUACUGUGAAUUCAUCAACCGGGUCAAUGAGGUCGGGGUUGAUGUCAACCGUGCCAUCGCACAUCCUUACAGCCAGGCCUUGAUCCAAUAUGUCUGUGGCCUGGGACCUCGAAAAGGGACCCACUUGCUGAAGAUCUUGAAACAGAACAAUACUCGACUCGAGAGCCGGACUCAGCUGGUCACCAUGUGUCACAUGGGUCCCAAAGUCUUCAUGAAUUGUGCUGGCUUCCUCAAGAUCGACACUGCCUCUCUGGGGGACAGCACUGACUCAUACAUUGAAGUCCUUGAUGGCUCCCGAGUCCACCCUGAAACAUAUGAAUGGGCCAGGAAGAUGGCAGUGGACGCCUUGGAAUAUGAUGAGUCUGCAGAGGAUGCCAAUCCUGCAGGAGCCCUUGAGGAAAUCUUGGAAAACCCAGAGCGAUUAAAGGAUCUAGACCUUGAUGCCUUUGCAGAAGAACUAGAGAGACAGGGCUACGGUGACAAGCACAUCACACUGUAUGAUAUCCGAGCAGAGCUCAGUUGUCGGUAUAAGGACCUCAGGACAGCCUACCGCUCUCCUAACACAGAGGAGAUCUUCAAUAUGUUAACCAAAGAGACACCGGAGACCUUCUACAUUGGAAAGCUCAUCAUCUGUAAUGUCACUGGCAUUGCUCAUAGACGCCCACAGGGUGAAAGCUAUGACCAGGCCAUCCGAAAUGAUGAGACAGGGCUGUGGCAGUGCCCCUUCUGUCAACAGGACAACUUCCCUGAACUAAGCGAGGUCUGGAACCACUUUGACAGUGGUUCAUGCCCUGGCCAAGCCAUUGGUGUGAAAACACGGCUAGACAAUGGUGUCACCGGCUUCAUCCCUACCAAAUUCCUCAGUGACAAGGUAGUGAAGAGGCCAGAGGAGCGAGUGAAGGUGGGAAUGACGGUUCACUGCCGUAUCAUGAAGAUCGAUAUUGAGAAGUUCAGUGCAGACCUGACCUGCCGGACCUCAGACCUCAUGGACAGGAACAAUGAGUGGAAACUGCCCAAGGACACCUACUAUGACUUUGAUGCCGAAGCAGCAGACCACAAGCAGGAAGAGGACAUGAAACGAAAACAGCAGCGGACUACAUACAUCAAACGAGUGAUUGCACACCCAUCCUUCCAUAACAUAAAUUUCAAGCAAGCAGAAAAGAUGAUGGAAACCAUGGACCAAGGAGAUGUUAUCAUCCGACCCAGCAGCAAGGGUGAAAACCACCUAACAGUGACCUGGAAAGUCAGUGAUGGUAUCUACCAGCAUGUGGAUGUGCGGGAGGAAGGCAAGGAAAAUGCCUUCAGCCUGGGAGCCACUUUGUGGAUCAACAGUGAGGAAUUUGAAGACUUGGAUGAGAUUGUUGCCCGCUAUGUCCAGCCCAUGGCUUCCUUUGCUCGAGAUCUUCUGAACCACAAGUAUUACCAGGAUUGUAGUGGUGGGGACCGGAAGAAGUUAGAGGAGCUGCUCAUCAAAACUAAGAAGGAGAAGCCCACCUUCAUCCCUUACUUCAUCUGUGCCUGCAAGGAACUACCUGGCAAGUUCCUCCUAGGAUACCAGCCCCGGGGUAAACCCAGGAUUGAAUAUGUAACAGUGACUCCUGAAGGAUUCCGGUACCGAGGCCAGAUCUUUCCAACUGUGAAUGGACUCUUCAGGUGGUUUAAGGAUCACUAUCAGGAUCCUGUACCAGGCAUCACUCCCAGUAGCAGCAGCAGGACCCGGACCCCUGCUUCUAUCAAUGCUACCCCAGCCAACAUCAAUCUUGCAGAUCUGACACGGGCUGUGAAUGCCUUGCCUCAGAACAUGACUUCGCAGAUGUUCAGUGCCAUUGCUGCUGUGACGGGUCAAGGACAGAACCCCAAUGCUACCCCAGCUCAAUGGGCAUCCAGCCAGUAUGGCUAUGGUGGCAGUGGAGGAGGCAGCAGCGCCUACCAUGUGUUCCCAACGCCAGCCCAGCAACCAGUGGCCACACCACUAAUGACCCCCAGCUAUUCCUACACAACCCCAAGCCAGCCCAUUACCACCCCACAAUACCACCAGCUCCAAGCCAGCACUACUCCACAGUCUACCCAGGCCCAGCCCCAGCCUUCCUCCAGCUCCCGACAACGGCAACAGCAGCCAAAGUCCAACAGCCAUGCAGCCAUUGACUGGGGCAAGAUGGCUGAGCAGUGGCUGCAGGAGAAGGAGGCAGAACGGCGGAAACAGAAACAGCGGCUGACCCCUCGACCUUCUCCCAGUCCCAUGAUUGAAAGCACCCCCAUGUCCACUGCGGGUGAUGCGACCCCGCUCCUGGAUGAGAUGGAUCGGUAGGGGCCUGCUCCUCGGACUCUGGUUACCUCUGAGGCUCCAAGAGGCUUGGCCAUCCACAGCCUCACUCCCUGACCCUUUUUUUGUCCAUAAAGUGGCAUGAAAUGACAUUCUCUUUAAUGGUCAGCCUGGAUGGGUGGCAGACUGGAUGGCCUUGUGAGCUGGUGUGCACCAAGGAGCAGUUCUCCCACUCCAGACCUGUGCCAACCACCUGUCCUAGGACCAGGCUGGGAGAGGAAUAUAGCGGGGAGGAGAAGAAUGGAAGUGGAGCAGUCUGUAAUCUCCCUAGAAGCCAUUCUUGAGUUUCUGCCAUCACCUGAUACAGGCUCCGAUGAGGUAUCAGGCUCAGCUUGUACAUGUCCCCAGCCCUUGUGGGGAGACCGAUGCUAUUUAUUCAGUUUGAGGCAGGAGGGAGGAGAGAGAGUGGUUUUGGUCCUGAUGUGGGGGACAUAUGGAGCAGUGUUGACGCCAGCCACUGCCUACCUAACCUCAUCCACCUAUAGCCACCUGCUUCUCACCUGCCAUUUGAAUAAACAGGGUUUCUACAGAGCACUUUCCAAGGCCUCUCUCCAGCUCCCUGCUCUGAGGGGCUGCUUCAAAGCAGUUUGGAACUUCAAAACCUUCCUCUCAGAAUCCUUCAAAGAGGCCAGAAUUCAGAUUACCUGUGGUCACCUCCCUGAUCUGAGCCCCAUGACUCUGUGAACUUCUUACAUCUUUCAUUAGCUAUAUUGAGGUGGAGUUUUUAGCCCAGGUUGGCCUUGGAGUUACAGCAAUCCUACUUCUGCCUCCUGAAUGCAAGAAUUGCAGGAAUGGCACUCAUGUGAGCUUAAAGGUUUUUUGGUUUUGGUUUUUUA